AUGCAAAAGUCAUUACUGCCCCUUUAGUACAACUAUAACUAGCCUUAGGAGUUGUUUGAGAUAAGAUUACAAACACAUCACAACUAAGAACGACGGAUUAUCACUCUCCAAUGUGAUUCUGAGUACUCUGAAAAAUUUAGAAAGAUUUUGAGUCACUAAAAUUCACAUCAACUCCUUAGAAAACUUAUCAAAAAAGGAAUGGACGAGAUUGAUCAGAUAAUAGAGAUAGUUGAUCAAGGACUACAAGAUUUACAUGUUGAAAAUGAUCUAGAACAGAUAAAGAGGUAGACCAGACAAUAACUCAAAGAAAAAAUUUGUCAUUUUCCUGAUGACUAACUCAACAUCACUAAUGAAUUUUAUCAGGACUUUGAAAAUAUGUAAAUAUAAGGACACAAUGCCCCUACUAUGAAUUGUAAUGUUCAAGUUAGUUCAGCUUCAGAAUCUAAAGAAACUUAUUUCUGGAAAGAGAAUGAAUGUGUGCUAUUCAUCAAAGCACUGCAUAAAUACGGGAAGAAAUGGAAAGAAAUUAGCAAUUAUUUUAAUUAGAAAAGGAAUCAGCUUCAAUGCCGAAGUCAUGGCUAGAAAUAUUUGAAGUCACUUAAAGUACUCUUAAUUAUAACUUAAAGAGUAAUUGAGGGGAAGCAUAUGCCUUCAGAUUAAGAUCAUAUCAGAAUCAAAGCCUACGAAUAAGAUAGAGGUUCCGUUUUAAAGUCAUUUAAGUCAUAAAAAGAAUCUUUUUAAGAUUUUCAGCUAAAUUCCUAAUUUUUCCCUCGAUACUUGUACAAUUUAAUUAUUGAAGGUCAAGAUGCAAAGCUCUUGCAAUUGACUGAUAAAAUGAAGCAAAUCAAUUAAGCAAUUAGUAAUGAACUUAGUUUUUAUGAUUAACUCAAGGAGGCUAAGAAAAACAAAAAUGAACCAUUGCAAAAGAAUAAAAGACCCUAUUCAGCGAUUUUAAUGGAGAGUUAAACUAUCAAUAUUGAAACUAUUGCUAAAAUUGAAGAUGUAGAAGAUCAAAGAGUCACUCGUAGAUAAAAGAAAUGA